AUGUCCAUCUCAAGUUUAGACCUGCAAGAUAUUGACAUACUCAGUGACUCAUUGAGCCUCAUGGGUGAAGACUACGCCGCAUCGACGCACGACGAUGGAACCGUCCGGUACGGCGAAAUCGUCCUCAAUAUUGCUCCAAAAGCUUUAACGCUUCUCGCAGACCAGCUCUUUUCGCCGUCAUUGCUCCUCGCAGAGCACAUCGAACGAGGCAUCAUACCAUUAGGUGGAAAGACUGCUGUGGAACUCGGGGCUGGUUGUGCUCUCCCCUCCAUUCUUGCAGCGACGCUUCCGACUCCACCCGUAGUGGUUGUCAUUACCGAUUACCCCGAUAAAGCACUUCUUGCAAACCUGCGCAUUAACUUACAUGCAAAUGAACGACUGGUAGCACCUGACUGCUCUGUGGUCUGCAUAGGACACGAAUGGGGAACGGACUGCACACCGGUUCUGCAAGUGCACGUCAAUUCUGAUCUAGACAUAUUCAAAUCUUUGCAAUCAGGUUUUGACGUGGUACUCCUGUCCGAUUUACUCCACUUCCACAAUUCGCAUCAUGCCAUCCUCGCUUCCCUUAUUGCUCUCCUUUCUCGGACCUCGUCGGCCCGGGCGUAUAUUGCGUCGGGUACAUACACACCUCCCCAUGUGUGUGCAAAUUUUCUACGGAUUGCGGCAGCUGCAGGCUUAGUGCUCACUGAAGGGCACACGGAGGACGAGUGGCUCGGUUCCCGUGAGGUUUGGCGGAUGGGAAAACUGAGUACAAAUGACCUCGGUGUUAGGAAGGCGAUGUGUCGGUGGUGGAUCGCUAGAUGGGGUGAAAAAAUAUUAGGAACCUCGAGCUCGCAGAGCUGA